AUGGCAAAGUCAGCGAUAAUCACAGGUGGCGCGAGCGGCAUGGGGCUUGCCGUCGCCCAGGCGCUCGCUGCCCGCGGCGGCUGGGACUUGCACCUCGUCGACCUGAACGCCGAGGCGGGCAAGGCCGCAGCGUCUUCGCUACCAGGCGCGACGUUCCACCAGGCCGACGCCACAAAGUACGCCUCCCUAGCCGCCGCCUUCGAGGCCGCCUUCAAGUCGUCAGGCCGGGUCGACUUUGUCUUUGCCAACGCCGGCAUCGCCGAGCGGGACAACUUUUACAUGAGGCACGACACGGGCAGCGGGCCGCCGCCGGAGCCGGACAUGCUCGUCAUCAAGAUCUGCCUGGACGCCGUGGUGACGACGACGUACCUCGCGCAGCACUACUUCCGCCAGUCGCCGCAGGACAACCAGAGCCUCGUCAUGACCGCCAGCUGCGGCGGCAUCUACCCGUCCGCCUACUCGCCCAUGUACUCGGCCGCCAAGCACGGCGUCGUCGGCUUCAUGCGCUGCGUCGCCACGCACUUUUGGCACAAGGACCGCAUCCGCGUGAACGCCAUCUGCCCCGGCACCGUCAGGACGAACCUCUUGUCGCAGAAGGAGUGGCAGAACUUCCCGGCCGAGUACUUCACGCCGGUGGAGAAGAUCGUCGAGGCCGUCCUCAUACUGGUGGAUGGCAAGGACGACACACCUGCCGAGAAGACGAGGAUCGACGGCGUCGAGGCGGACAAGAAGGGAGUCCUCUGGGGCGAAGCCGUCGAGCUUUCUGGCGCCAACCACUAUUACAGAACGAAGCCCAAGUUCUCCGAUUCGGGGAUGCAGGCUGUCAUGGCUGCGACUGAGAUGGAGGAAAUGCAACGCUAG